AAACUGAUUUAAGGAUUGGUAGUCAUUUAACAAUUCAAUAUUUUAUUUGAUUUUUAAUGUUCAAUUCAGGUUGAAACUUAAUUUUACAAUUCAUUCUGUGUAGUUAAAUUGUCCUUAGAGACGAUGAUUUGAAUUAGUUAGUUAGUUUUAAUUUGGUUCAUCUUGUACUCUUUGGUGAUGGCUAGUUAGUUGUAAACAAUUGCUUUUUACUUUCAUUAUUAUGCUUCAGUUGGCUUUGAUUGAAGCUUUUUUGGGGCUUAAUUACUUUUAUUUUUUAAAUUUUCUGGUAUUUGCUGGUUUUCUGGUUAAAAAUGCUUUUGGUUGAAGCAUUACAUCACUGGACUUUAUGGUUUUGGUCAUCGCCAAACAGUCAACAUGGAUCACCUACAACGACAGCCACCAGAAUGGAUCCUGAUAGUUUGGAGAGGAGGAAAUCACCACCAGAUACACCAACAGAUGAUUCACUUCCACCGAUAAGCUUUAAAAGACACUACAGGACAUCUCAAAUCAGGCCAUCUUCAUCUAGAAUGGAUUUUAAUAGAAGUGAUUCUCGUUCUGAAUCUAGAUGCUUCCAUCGUCCAGAUUCAUCUCAUGAAAAAGAUUUCAUUGAGUGGACGCCGAGCAAACGUUAUGAUCUUCAGAAUGAAUCACUUCGUAGUCGGUCUUCUGUCAAUAAAACAUUGAAAAGCUAUAGAGGAUUAAGUGAUCUUAGGAUUGGUAAUUUUGACUGGCAAUGGAAAGUUUUAAGGACAGGCCAUGGUUCUUACUCACCAAAUGAGAGUAGAAGUAAAAAGAAAACAUUGAGUGAAGAUGGACCUUCAUUUGACCAAUCACUUGGGGAAUCACCUUCUUCAACUAGUAGCCAAAGAUUUCCUGAAUCUCGUGAAAUGAUAAUCGACGAUCACAAGGCAGAGAAAGAGGAAACAGUAAACAGUAGCUAUUCAUCAGCUUGGACUGGUGGACCCACUCAGUAUCAUCUUGCUGAUGAUUUAAUUUCAUUGGAACGUCGUAGUCAAGUCUCAAACUGGGGUCGAUUACCUUUUUACGAUAAUUAAGGCACAAGUCAUGUCGAGACCAGGCUAAAAUCAUUUGAGAAAAUCCUCGUUUUUCCAUGAAAUUCCAAUCAUUUAUUUAACCACCAUUUCAUCUCAUCAUUUGGAUCAUUUCACAUAUUUCUUCAUUGAUUUUUACUGAUCUUCAAGAAAAUUUACAUUCAAUUUCAACUGAUUCCAGACAAUCCUGGGUCGGAAACUCAACCACAAACUCAUUGGUUUCAGUGGAAACCUCCAAAAUGCUCACAAAACCAAAGUGAAACUUCCAAGAAGCGUUCCAAAGAUUCUUUGGAUUUACAUUAAUCUUUCAUUUCAACAAUUGCUAGUGACCUAAAGAGACUAUUUGACCAAUUCUGACAAAUAAAAUUCAAAAGCCAUUUCUGUUUUAAAAAAUAUCAAUGUUAUAUUUUCCCUCCGAAGAUUGAAGCAUUUUAUUUGAUCUAUUUUUCUGUAUAAAUUUUGGUUUGUUUUGCAAAUUUUUCAAACAAAUAAAUAUUUUUUG